CUUCCAGCACAAGGUGGGCAUUAUGUACUGCCAGGCGGGCCAGAGCACCGAAGAGGAGAUGUACAACAAUGAGAGUGCUAGCCCUGCUCUGGAGGAGUUCAUGGAGCUGCUAGGCCAGAGAGUCAGGCUGAAGGGCUUCACCAAGUACCGGGCCCAGCUGGACAACAAAACGGAUUCCACUGGAACACAUUCUCUUUACACUACUUACAAAGACUUUGAGCUGAUGUUCCACGUGUCCACACUGCUCCCCUACACCCCCAACAACAGACAACAGCUACUGAGGAAAAGACACAUUGGAAAUGACAUCGUCACCGUCAUCUUCCAGGAACCUGGUGCUCUUCCCUUCACUCCGAAAAACAUUCGCUCGCACUUCCAGCACGUGUUCAUCAUCGUCAAAGUCCAAAACCCUUGCACAGAAAAUGUUUGCUACAGUGUGGCGGUCACCAGAUCCAAAGAUGUGCCCGCCUUCGGUCCUCCUAUCCCCCAGGGGGUGCUCUUCCCAAAGUCGGCCAUGUUCCGGGACUUCCUCCUGGCCAAGAUGUUGAACGGCGAGAAUGCGGUGCAUAAGUCGGACAAGUUCCGCGCCAUGGCUAUGCGCACGCGCCAGGAGUACCUGAAGGAUUUGGCCGAGAACUUUGUAAGCGCCACCCCCGUGGACUCUUCGGCGGCCAAGUUCAGCUUCAUCUCGUUGGGUGUCAAGAAGAAGGAGCGCAGCCGACCCCGGCGGAACGCCCACCUCCAGAGCUACGGUGCGGUCACUUGGGCUGUGGUGGCACGGGACUUUGGCCAGUCGGCGGACAUUGGCUGCCUGCUGGCCGUCUCCAAUGAGUUUGUGGUGCUGAUCGAAGAGGCAUCCAAGGAGGUGGUGUUCAACUGCUACUGCCGCGACGUCCUCGGUUGGAGCGCAACAUCUGGGAGCGUCCGGCUUUUCUACGAGCGUGGUGAGUGCGUGGUGUUCUCCACGCAGGAAGGAUGCUGGGACGACGUCCGGGAGAUCAUGCAGAGGUUGGAGAUUGUCACCCGGGGCUGCGAGACAGUGGAGAUGACCCUCCGGCGGAACGGUCUGGGCCAGCUGGGAUUCCACGUCAACUUCGAGGGCGUGGUGGCGGACGUGGAGCCCUUCGGCUUCGCCUGGCAGGUGGGUCUCCGUCCGGGUAGCCGGCUGAUGGAGAUCUGCAAGGUGGCCGUGGCCACACUGUCCCACGAGCAGAUGAUCGACCUGCUGCGCACGUCCAACACGGUCAGUGUGGUCAUCGUCCAGCCCCAUGAGGACGGCACACCCAGGAGGAGCUGCUCUGAGAUGUACCGCAUCCCUGUGGUGGAGUACAAGACCACCACGGCUGCUGGCUGGCACCGCGUCUCGGCCGCCCCGGGUGGCGGCCUGCCCCUGUCCCGGGCCUCCCCCACACAGGGCCCCAGCCCCGGGCAGCAGAUGUUCCACUACGCCCAGGGGGCCAUCUCCCGCAGCACCUCCUUCGACAAGAAGCAACAGGACGGGACCAGGGUACUGCAGGAAUAUGAGAUAUCUCCUACGGCCUCCUGUAGCAGUCGGGAAGCAGGACAACUCUACUGCAGCUCCCCCAGCAACCAGUCCACCUCCAGCGACCCCGGACCAUGCGGCACCUGGUCCCAGAAGGCAGGAUACAUUAACGGAUGCCAGUCCCCUGCACUGCUCCUGGACCAGCCGAGCGACAAGGAGGGAGAGGGCCGGAGAGAGAGGGAGCCCAAGCUGGAGAGGACCAGAUCUGCAGAGGCCAAGUGGCACCAUCCCUCCACAAAGAUUCUGAACGUGAGGGAGAGAAGCCAGCCGAGACAAGGAGCAAAGGACUCCCCCAAUAAAUACCAACAUUCUGGCUCCAGCCACUCCAGCAGCAACACGCUCUCCAGCAACGCCUCCAGCGGCAGCAGCGACGACAAGCGCUUCGGCUCGGGCGACCCCAUUGACCCCGAUGCCCUGGGCCUCAUCUACAUCAAGGGCGCGUCCACCGACAGCGGCAUCGACACGGUGCCUUGCAUGCCCCCGCUGCCUCCCCCUCUACCUGGCUGCAGCGGAGGUGGCGUACCGGGGGUCUCAGCCGGCCGGCCUGUCCCCCAGGAUGCCCGAGGGGAGCAGUGGGUGCUGGAGUACCCCGGGACGGGGGCGCCGGAAGGAGGGUUGACGUCACAAGGCUACAGCACUCAGGCCACUUCGGCUGGGCACGUAACAGACGGGAGCCUGGGCGACCUGAGCGAGAUUUCCUCCAUGUCCAGUGGCUCACGGCACUCUGGCAGCCCCUCGGAACAUGUUCCUAAGACCUCCACCUCAGUUGACUCCUCCAAAGUCUACACCGUCGUCUCCGGCGGCACGGCGACAGGGGCGGGGCUUAAUGGUCCCGUCCACGCCCGCCAAUCACCAGGUGAAGAGUAUCUGAUUGGCUGGAAGAAAGCUGAGGAUGGCUCUCCAAUGGAGGAUCCGGGCAGGCCAAAAGACUAUGGUGGAGUGGAAGGCGUAUUGUCUUACCUACUAAAGACUCUUACACUGAGAUCCAGGCUGCGGGCCAUGCUGGGUGCAGAUGGCCAGCUCCAGAAGGUCCAGCCCAGCCUGACCAGAGAGGCCUUCCUAAAGAUGAUGCUGCCCGACAGUCCCCCCGGGGAAGGGGGACGUGGCAAGAGUCUGACUGGUCCUGACGGCCUGCCCAUGUCCCCACGGAGGUCCCUGUACCGGACCCUGUCGGACGAGAGCCUGUGCAGCAGCCACAGGAAGUCCCUGGUCUGCUCCCAGAGUUCUCUCCUGGACCAGGCCCUGCCCAACGAUAUCCUUUUCAGCACCGCCUCUGGGCCCUACCACAGCACCCUGGCACCUCGCAUGAACCUCGGCCACAGCAAUGGGGCGCCUCUACACAAGAAUGAGCUGUGGUUCUCUGACAGCUCCCUGGCCGACCGCUGCAAAAUGGCCGACGGCAGCCUGAUGCCCCUCCCGGAAGCAGUGUCUGGCCUGGACUGGUCCCAUCUUGUUGAUGCCGCAAGGGCUUUUGAAGAAUUGUCCUAUGCUCUCUAUCUGGAAGGUCUGGAGCUCGACAAGGAUGCCAAUCGCCUGUGUGAUAAAGACAGUCAGAAAGAAUCACUAGCGGACCAGGGUUCACUCUGCUCCAUGUUGGACGUGGAGCAGGCCCAGCAGGCCAUGGAGCUGUCCCAUGAGCUGAGUCGGAGGGUGGCUGCGUCGGAGGCCGCCACCUUGGAGGCAGGGGACGGCUCUCCUGCUCUGCUCACGGGCAAAGUCAUCCAACUGGAAGAGAUCCUCAGACAGCUUCAGUUCGACCUACGAAAGGAGCAAGAGGACAAGGCCAUGUUGCAGGAGCAGGUCCAGCACUUGCGUCAGGACAACAUGCGUCUGCACGAGGAGAGCCAAAUGGCAGCCGCCCAGCUCAGGAGGUUCAGCGAAUGGUUCCUACACUCGGUCGACAACAAGAAGCCCUGAGCAAAAAACACUGACACACACUGCAACAUGGCCGUUAACUCCACAUUACCUGAGCCAGUGGCAUGUCAAGAGGGACGUAGUCUGAAGUGAUUCAAAGUGAAUAGCCAUCGCAUGAGAGCGAGAAGUUGCGAGUUAGCGUGCUAAUGCUAGUUGCAUUGUUUUGAAAGCAAAACAACAUUAAUUAGUGUAAAUAUCCAAGGGGCCGGGGGGAGGGUAAUGCGAUACAUUUAUAGAAGGUUAAGAUAAAGGGGAGGAAGGGAAGAAUGUAGCAGACCUCAUGUUUUUGGCUAUUUGCGGAGAGGAAGGAACAUGUGAAUUAAAAACAAAUGAAUGUAACUUAUGUGAAAUCUAUAUUAUUUUGCCGAAAAAGGCAAGCGUAAAACUUAUGAGUUCCCUCAGUAAACAACAAUUUAAAAAAUGUUCACCCAAAUAAAAUUACUAAACUUUACCUUGACAUUAAAUGUAUUAUAAAACAACCAGGAAAUAAUUAAGGUGUUACAAGGUUCUUGUAUAAAAAAAGCUAAUCUUUAGUAAGUUUUGUAAAGUACUCCACUGUUUUGAACAAAAAAAUAGAAAUUGUCCUAGCAAUAAAUAUGGUGAUAGUCACAAAACUGUUAUUAAUGGUUAGCACUGAUUGUGGUGUUGUCGAGAUUGCGGUUGUAUUGGAUUACUUGGACGUGUUUAUUUUGCAGGAACAAAAACGUGCCUGACUUUAACCAGUGGUGUAUGGAUACUGUAGUCUUUUCUGUUGUUGUAGUCCCUCAUCCUUUUCCAACCCCACGCCUUGUCCACUACUCUCACUAAUGAUGUCUACCAUGAUGUUAUUACCCUUUUUUUUUUUGCCACAGAGAAAUGUAUUCUUAUGCAGUUGACCCUGAACUUGUAGGUACACAAGGUACCACCAAGUGUACGAAUUAUGUAUUUUCAAUGCCAAAAUGUGUUUGAUGGUCUUUGUACAGUACUUCAGAGAAAGUGUCUUGUAUUUAACACUCUUAUUUAAAUUUACCCUCCAAAUUGUUUAUUUUAAUAUUGAGUAUUUUGUUCCUUUCUGCACUAAAAAAGAUUAAUGGCUCCUUAUUGGCAAUAUCUGUAUAGUUGGCAAGAGAUAAGAUAUAAAUACUAUAUACAUAUAAAGGGUUAUUUCUGGGAAGUCCAACGUUUGGAUGCUGCUAGAAUACAGCCUGUUGUUUUGUAUGCCUUUCUUUCUUUGUAAGAUGUAUUGUUAAAGACGGGACAAAUGGUUUGCUUUUUUAAUAAAUGUAGGAUGUUGAAAAAACUAAA